AUGGAGUCACUAACAUCAUCUGCCCUCUCGAAUUGGGUGGUUCCCAGUUCAUCUCAACCCUUCCUCAGAUCUUCAAACUGCUCUUUCCGAACACCUUUUAAUUGUAAAAACACUGAAUUCCCUUUUCUUCUCCUUAAAACCACAAAUCUUUAUCCACUUAAAUUUUCCACAGUAUAUACCAGAGCUACCCUUGAUGAGAAGAACCAAAAUUCGACUGCCCCAGUUCUUGUUCAAGAAGAACAAGAAAAAAAACAACCCAAUAAGGAAGUUGAAGAGAGUGUGAAAUUGCUUAAGAAUGCAGCCAAGACGAGAAAAGUUCCAGCAGAGGAAAUUCUAUCUGCUUUUUCAGUGAUUGAGAAGGCAAAACUUGAUCCGUCCGGUUUUUUUGAAACUCUUGGAGGAUCCCACUCACCUGGAAGAACUUGGAUGCUUAUAUUUACUGCUAAGAAACAAUUGGAAGGCGGUAGAUAUUUCCCAAUUACAGCCGUUCAAAGGUUCGAUGCUGCAGGUAAGAGGAUUGAAAAUGGAGUUUACUUGGGCCUUCUAGGAUCUUUGACUUUUGAAGGCAGGCUUUCAUGGAAAAAUAGAAUACUUGCAUUCAUUUUUGAGCGGAUUCGGGUAAAAAUAGGUCCUUUUAACCCAUUUGAUAUAAGUAUCAAAGGAAAAGAUGAACGAGAGCCAAGCAACAAAGAUCCAUUUUUCAUCUGGUUUUAUGUUGAUGAGGAGAUAGCUAUUGCUCGAGGCAGAAGUGGAGGGACUGCUUUUUGGGUCCGUUGUCAACGAGUCACCUGA